AUGUCGGCCCUCACAUCACGAACCGCCGCCAUCACCCGGCGUCUGGCAACCACCACCACCACCACCACCACCACCACCACCACCACAUCCACCCUCUCUCGCGCCGCCUUCACCACCACCACCCGCUACCAAAAAACCCCAGUCGUCGACGCCGCCAAGGACACACUCAAGUCCGUUGACCGCAAGGUCUCAGACAAGCUAGUCGACGGCAUCAACAUCGGCACCGCCUACGCCAACAAGAUCAAAGAAGCCACCUCCGAAGUGUCCGAAGGCAAAGUGACGGGGCGGGCCUCCGAGCUGCGGGGCGAAGCGGCGGGCAAGGCGAGCGAGGUAGCGGGCGAGGCCAAGGGCAAGGCCAGCGAGCUGGCGGGGGAGGCGCGCGGGGUGAAGGAGGAGGCGAAGGGGAAGGCGAGGGAGGUGGCGGGGGAGGUGAAGGAGAAGAUGCGUUAG